UCCACUUUGGUGCAGACUUUGCACAGGAAGGGAGGGAGGCAGAGGAGAGAAGAGGGAACCUGGUCAUGUGAUACUGCUUGUCUGGCAGAAGCCUUUUGGUUCUGAGCAGAGAAACCAACUGUUUACUAUUUUGGGUGAAUGAGGUUGGUUGGUUGCUACGAGCAUUUUCUCUAAGGGAACCCUCUUCUCUUCCAGCUCUACACAUUGAAAUCAUCCCAGUCCUGCUUUUUGGCAUUUGGGUAGAGGAGGGAGGUGUCUGUGUCGAGGCCCAGUGCUGACAGGAAGAAAUGUUUUCCAGGAGACUUACUGAUUCUGACCUUCUGCUGUCACUGCUUUUAAUGCCCCACUCCCUAAGUAAACUUGGGAUCUAGCUGUUCUUACAACCCUUAGCACUGCAGAAUUGAAGUACCCACUUUAACCUAAAGAGCAAUGCUAAUCAGAUUUUCAGCAAAUAAUAAAUGGCCUCUUUAAGGAGUGAGGUAAGGAAGACAGGUUUAUUGCAACACUGGCCCUUGGAGCCUCACAUCUCCCCCAGCAUGCUGGAGGAGACCAGGAUUCAUCAACCCACCUGCAGGAUUCUGCCACUCUCAUGGAUUGUCCUGGAGCCGGGAAAGGACAGCUACUCAGCAGUGUGCCUGGCCCCUUAUCACAGUUUUCGGGAAGUGCUGCAGUUGAAGCUCCAGCAGCGCCGGACGCGAGAAGAACUGGUGAGCCAAGGGAUCAUGCCGCCUUUGAAAAGUCCAGCUGCGUUUCAUGAACAGAGAAGGAGCUUGGAGCGGGCCAGGACAGAGGACUAUCUGAAACGGAAGAUACGUUCCCGGCCGGAGAGAUCGGAGCUGGUCAGGAUGCAUAUUUUGGAAGAGACCUCGGCCGAGCCUUCCCUCCAGGCCAAGCAGCUGAAGCUGAAGAGAGCCAGACUGGCUGAUGACCUCAAUGAGAAGAUUGCACAGAGGCCAGGCCCCAUGGAGCUGGUUGAGAAGAACAUUCUGCCUGUGGAGUCCAGCUUGAAAGAAGCCAUCAUUGUGGGCCAGGUGAAUUACCCGAAAGUAGCGGACAGCUCUUCCUUCGAUGAGGACAGCAGUGACGCCUUAUCCCCUGAGCAGCCUGCCAGCCAUGAGUCCCAGGGCUCAGUGCCGUCACCAUUGGAAGCCCGAGUCAGCGAGCCACUGCCCAGUGCCACCUCUGUAUCCCCCACACAGGUUGUGUCUCAACUCCCAGUGGGCCCGGAUUCCGGAGAAACACUUCUCCUGACAGAGCAGCCGCCUCUGCCUCCCAGCCUCACCAAUGGAACCACAGCCCCCGCGGCCAAGCCCACCCCGACGCUUAUCAAGCAAAGCCAACCCAAGUCGGCCAGUGAGAAGUCGCAACGCAGCAAGAAAGCCAAGGAGCUGAAACCAAAGGUGAAGAAGCUCAAGUAUCACCAGUACAUCCCCCCGGACCAAAAGCAGGACAAGGGGGCGCCCCCCAUGGACUCCUCCUAUGCCAAGAUCCUGCAGCAGCAGCAGCUCUUCCUCCAGCUCCAGAUCCUCAACCAGCAGCAGCAGCAGCACUAUAACUACCAGACCAUCCUGCCUGCCCCGCCAAAGCCAGCAGGUGAGGCCCCGGGAAGCACUGGGGCCCCCCCGAUGCGCAGCCUCUCCACUACCAGUAGCGGCUCCAGCUCGGGUGCUGCUGGGCCCAGUGGGCUGGCACGUCAGAACAGCACCUCGCUGACUGGCAAGCCAGGAGCCCUGCCUGCCAACCUGGAUGACAUGAAGGUGGCAGAGCUGAAGCAGGAGCUAAAGCUGCGAUCACUGCCCGUCUCAGGCACCAAGACAGACCUGAUCGAGCGUCUGCGUGCAUACCAAGAACAAGUCAGCCCUGCCCCAGGAGCCCCCAAGGGCCCUGCUGCCCCCUCCAUCCUGCCCAAGGCUGGUGAGGUGGUGGUCGCCUUCCCGGCUGCCCGGCUAAGCACGGGGCCUGCCCUGGUGGCAGCAGGCCUGGCCCCAGCUGAGGUGGUGGUGGCCACAGUGACCAGUAACGGAGUGGUGAAAUUUGGCAGCACGGGCUCCACACCCCCCGUGUCUCCCACCCCCUCAGAGCGUUCACUGCUCAGCACUGGCGAUGAGAACUCCACACCCGGGGACACCUUUGGCGAGAUGGUGACAUCGCCACUGACCCAGCUUACCCUGCAGGCCUCACCACUACAGAUCCUUGUGAAGGAGGAGGGCCCCCGGGCCGGGUCCUGCUGCCUGAGCCCUGGGGUACGGGCCGAGCUCGAGGGGCGUGACAAGGACCAGAUGCUGCAGGAAAAGGACAAGCAAAUUGAAGAGCUGACCCGCAUGCUGCGCCAGAAACAGCAGCUCGUGGAGUGGCUGAGGUUGCAGCUGGAGCAAGAGAAGCGGGCCCAGCAGCCGGCCCCGGCCCCCGCCCCCCUUGGGACCCCAGUCAAGCAGGAGAACAGCUUCUCCAGCUGCCAGCUGAGCCGGCAGCCUCCGGGUCCUGCUCACCCCUUCAGCCCCAGCCUGGCGGCCCCCACUGCCCACCAUGCAGACACUUGUCCCCUGGUGCCCCCAGCCGUGGUCGUGAAGCAGGAAGCCGCGCUGCCAGAGCCUGAGCCAGCCCCCGCUCCCCAGCUGCUUCUGGGCCCCCAGGGCCCCAGCCUCAUCAAGGGGGUCACGCCUCCCACCCUCAUCACUGACUCCACAGGGACCCACCUUGUCCUCACCGUGACCAAUAAGAAUGCAGACAGCCCUGGCCUGGCCAGCGGGAGCCCCCAGCAGCCCUUGUCUCAGCCUGGUUCUCCAGCCCCUGGCCCACCAGCCCAGAUGGACCUAGAGCACCCAUCACAGCCCCUCUUUGGGACCCCUGCUUCUCUGCUGAAGAAGGAACCACCUGGCUAUGAGGAAGCCGUGAGCCAGCAGCCCAGACAGCAGGUGAAGAAGGAGAAUGGUUCCUCCAGCCAGCAGAUGGAUGACCUGUUUGACAUUCUUAUUCAGAGUGGAGAAAUCUCAGCAGAUUUCAAGGAGCCACCACCCUCCCUCCCAGGGAAAGAGAAGCCCACCUCAACUGCAACCUGCGGGUCGCCCCUGGCCACGCCGUCCCCACCCUCUGCUGAGCUCCCCCAGGCGGCGCCACCUCCCUCGGGCUCACCCGCCCUUCCUGGGCGCCUGGAGGACUUCCUGGAGAGCAGCACGGGGUUGCCCCUGCUGACCGGCGGGCACGAGGGGCCAGAGCCCCUCUCCCUCAUCGAUGACCUCCACAGCCAGAUGCUGAGCAGCUCUGCCAUCCUGGACCACCCCCCCUCACCCAUGGACACCUCGGAAUUGCACUUUGCCCCCGAGCCCAGCAGCGUGGGCCUGGACCUGGCUGACGGCCACCUGGACAGCAUGGACUGGCUGGAGCUGUCGUCGGGCGGCCCUGUGCUCAGCCUGGCCCCGCUCAGCACCACUGUGCCCAGCCUCUUCUCCACGGACUUCCUCGACAGUCACGACUUACAACUCCACUGGGAUUCCUGCUUGUAGCUCUCGGGCUGCAGAGCCGGGCCGGGAGGGGCUGGAAGUUAGGGAGCCUCGGGAACUCCUGGGAGCUCCCCUCUCUUGGCCUGAUCCCACCUCUACGUGGUCAUGAGUCCUGACAAUCACAGGCCCUGCUUUCCGCUCCCUGGGAGGCUGGAGCAGGCCCUGCCGCCACCUGGCUCAGGCUCACCAAGGAGAGAAGCUGCCCAGGAGCAGCUUUGGUCUCAGCCCAGAGUUCAGGAGGUCUGGAGAGGCCAGGGCCAUUCUAUUGACCUCCUUUUGUGAGGUCGGAGGUACAGUCUGGCUGCAGUUUGCUCAGGCAGGCGAGGCCCAGGGCGAAACUCCUUCCUUCUCUCCCCCCUUCCCUGUGAGGGAACCCCGUUCCCCGUGAUGCCAACCCCAGGGUCCCAGGCUUUCUGGGAGGGGAGCCCCUUGCCAUUUUAGUGUCUUGGUGUAGUGUGACCAUUUAGUGGCUCGUGGCAAACGGUUUCUGUACAGGUGUAUGUAUAUAGCUCUAUAUUCUAUAUCGCCAUACAUAUGUAUACAUCUAUUUUUGGGGGCUGGGAGGUGGACUGGCGCUCCCUCCCAUCCUGUGCACCAUACAGAAGGGCCUGGAGACCACCGCUCCUGGGACUGGACGCAGCUUACCUCAGCCCCCUCACGCGUGUUUGACAUGUAGACACCCUGCCACAGCCUGUGCCCCACCUGUGUCCCGCUCCAUACUAGUGCCAUGAGGGCAGAGGUGCUUCCUGGCCACCCGCCCACAUUCCGUCCCGCUGCCUCACUGCGGCCACCGUGGCCCUGGGACAGGAGGGGUGUCAGCCCUUAAGCUGUGGCCUCCUCUUGCCCUGGGGCCCAGCCUCCCUUCUGGCCUGUCACUAUCGUUAACGGGAUUAGGGAUGGAGUCACCAAACCAGUGCUGGGACAGAGGUUCGGGAAGCUGUGUGGACUUUUUAAAAUAAAAACAAAAACACUGA